CGGAGAUGGCCAGGCCACAGUCACAGCUUUGAAAGUGGCGGAAAUCGUUACUCCUUCCGCUUCCCGGUGCAAUCUCCUCGGCCAACACGGAAACUUGCGGUUUAAGCCGAGAAAUAACUUCCCAUGUCAUUCCGAUUCUCCUCCGACGGUUCCCUUUCCUUCUCCUUUUCCGACUCUUAGAUUCAUCCUCAAAUUCUCAAACCUAUAAAUAUCUCUGCACCAUCCAAAUUCCCAAUGUCGAUCAUCCGUACAGUCCCGAUUUCGCCGUUGUCGAAUCAACUUCAUCGACUUCUAUUCGCCUCGUCGCGAUUUCCCGGCGGACGCAGUUCUCGAUUGCUUCAAUUUCGGCGGAUGGAUUCGAUUGUCGCUUCCGCAAUCAGCCAUAAUGGAGCACUAACAGAAAAUUCGCAUAAUAGAGGUCAUAGUUCAGAUAUGGUAAUGGUGGGAGAAAUUCCUGUGUAUCUAAAUCGCAAGAGAUAUGAAGAGGAAUCUUCAUCUCCGUGGUCUGUAAAUAAAAGCGAUGAUUUUGAGUUGGGAAGAGAGCGAAAAAGGACUCCUGCAAAUGUGCCAAAUUCUUACCAUGAUGAUAAGUUUCAACCAGUUUCUAGACAAAAUAAUAAAACAAGAAGCCGGAUGGAUUUAGGGUUGGAAAGAUCAAUUAAUACAAGCUCAUUUCAAGUGGAGGGGUCGCCAUUGUUGAACAACAACAGUCAGCAGAAUGAAUCAUCUCUGCCUAAACAAUUUGGGAAGAAAAAUGAACCGUUUUGCAUCCAGAAAUGCCAGUAUAUGGAUAUCGAUUACAAAAAUUCUCUAGUAACGGACAAUUUGCAUCCCUUUGAACAAUUCGAUAUUCGUCCCUACGAGAGAAGAAGUAAUGCAAAACCCGGAGCUCAUUGGCAAGUUAAAGGCAGGGAUGAGUUUCAACCAGUGUCUAGACAAAAUACUAAAAGAAGAAAUCGGGUAGAUUUAGGAUUCCAGAGAUCAAAUAAUACAAGUUCAUUUCAAGUGGAGGGGUUCUCAUUGCUGAACAACAACAGUCAGCUGGAUGAAUCAUCUCAGCCUAAUCAAUUUGGGAAGAAAAACGAACCGUUUUAUGUCCAGAAAUGUCAGUCUAUGGAUAUCGGUUCCAAAAAUUCUCUAGUCAUGGACAAUUUGCAUCCCUUUGAACCAUUCGAUAUCUGUCCCCAUGAAAGAAGAGGCAAUGCGAAACCCGGAGCUCAUUGGCAAUUUAAAGGUAGGGACACUGUGAAAGUAAUGGAGCAUGUUGCUGAAGCUAGUAAUUAUAGAGUGCUGAGACCUGGAAUGGUUUUACUGAAGAAUUACAUUACUCUACAUGAACAGGUCAAUAUAGUGAAAACUUGUCAAGAGCUUGGAGUUGGCCCAGGGGGAUUUUACAGGCCUGGUUAUAAAGAUGGUGCAAAACUUAGGCUUCAGAUGAUGUGUCUUGGUUUGGACUGGGAUCCUCAAACAAGGAAAUAUGGAGAUAAGCGGGCAGUCGAUGGCGAUAAACCACCAGAAAUACCUCCUAAAUUCGCAAUUCUAGUUACAGAAGCACUUAAAGAUGCACAUGCCCUGAUCAAGAACAAAUGCAAUACGGGUAACGUAGAAAGCAUACUUCCAUCAAUGUCUCCUGAUAUCUGCAUUGUGAACUUCUAUACAACGAGCGGAAGACUGGGUCUGCAUCAGGAUCGCGAUGAAAGCAAAGAGAGUCUCGUUAGCGGACUACCUGUUGUUUCGUUAUCAUUAGGCGAUUCGGCAGAAUUCUUGUAUGGAGAUCGAAGAGAUGUAGAUAAAGCAGAGAAGGUUAUAUUGGAAUCAGGUGAUGUUCUGAUAUUUGGUGGAGAUUCUAGGCAUGUAUUUCAUGGAGUAUCUUCAAUCAUACCGAAUUCGACACCUAAGUUUUUGCUUGAUCAUACCGGUCUUCGUCCCGGGCGUCUAAAUCUUACCUUUAGAAAGUAUUAACACACUGCAGUGUCUGUUCUCUCCUUUUGAGCUCCUCUUUUAUCCUGUACAAGUGAGGGGUUGUAUUUAUCCAUUAGAUGAUCAUCUAUAUAUAUACAUGGAAUAUUGUGAUUCUUGAAUGUAAUUAUUGCCUGUUUCAGCUUCAUGUA